AUGACAACCCAAGCCUUCAACCCCCCUCCCACCCCAGUCAUCGACGCAGACGGGCUACAUGAGAUCCCCAUUUUUCCCUCCGAGGUCGAAAACCUGCAAGACUGGCUCGACUCUGAUGUCGCGUAUGCGGAUGAUGUGAUCAGGGCUGUUGAGGUGCUUGUUCCAGGUUCGAGGGAGAGUACGCCGACUGCGUCGGAGUGCAGCUCACCUGCUCCCGUAUCCGACCUAGGGCGAGAACCAUUGCGCACACAGACACAUGCCCGGACACAACCACAACCACACCCCGAAACCCAGCCCCCAAAGACCAUCGACCCCCGUGAAUACGCCGCCACCUGGCGCCAACUACCAACUCAAACAGCCCCCAACGGCAACUGUCUGUACUGCGACGAUCCAGAACACGGUACGGCUAACUGCCCUUAUCUGUCACCUAGGGUGAGUGGGGAUUGGUGGAAGCCUUCUGCGCCGUUGUGGUAUCUGGAUCCACGGGAGCAUGGGUUUUCGUGGGAGCAGACGAGUGAGCAGCCGCGUUAUACUUCUGCGGGGGUGAAUAGGCUUGGGUAUGCGGGUGCUACUGCUCCUAUUGCCACUGCUACUGCUGGUACUGCUACUGGUACUGCUACUGGUACUGCUACGGCUACUGCUACUGGUACUGCUACGGCUACUGCUACGGCUACUGCUAC